GUCUCUCUUGCAAGUCUUGUGUUGAUAUAAAUAGUAAAAGCCACAACAUCAAUUCAUUCCAAGUCAUAAUUCAAAAGUCUCCGAUUUCCAUAUACAAUGAAAAUGAUGAAGCUGACAGUGGUGCUCCUUGUGGUGUUAACCACCACCACCACCACCGCCACUGCAUCAGAUCCAGAUCCUCUUCAAGACCUCUGUGUUGCAGACCUUUCCUCCGCGGUUAAGGUGAAUGGAUUCACAUGCAAAUUGGCAUCCAAUAUAAAUGCAACAGAUUUCUCGUCGAGCAUACUAUCCAAACAAGGUGCAACAAACAACACAUUUGGUUCCCUAGUAACAGGAGCCAACGUUGAGAAAAUCCCAGGACUGAACACCCUUGGUGUUUCAAUGUCACGCAUUGACUAUGCUCCAGGUGGACUCAAUCCACCUCACACACACCCACGUGCCACAGAGAUUGUGUUUGUACUUGAAGGUCAAUUAGAUGUUGGGUUCAUAACAACAGCAAAUGUGUUAAUAUCAAAGACUAUAUACAAAGGUGAUAUAUUUGUGUUCCCUAAAGGCUUAGUUCAUUUCCAAAAGAACAAUGGUUUGGAACCUGCUUCAGUCAUUGCAGCAUUUAAUAGUCAAUUGCCUGGGACAGUGUCUAUUCCUCUUACUUUGUUUGCAGCCACACCACCUGUUCCAGAUAAUGUUUUGACUAAAGCAUUCCAAAUUGGUACCAAGGAGGUUCAGAAAAUUAAGUCUAAGCUUGCACCCAAGAACUAGUAGGAUUAAGGAUGUGAUGGUUAUUAGUUUUUUUUUUUUUUUACCCUCUGUUUUUAUUUUUAUCUGUUGAUUUACAAUUUGUGUUUGGAACUUACUUUUAAAGGAAGUUUAAUAAUUAAAACAAAUGAGGCAUGUCCAAUAUUCAUUUUCCUUGGAUAAUUGAAAGACGCCAUUGGUACUCUA